GGCGAUGUACAAAUGGUACACCGGGUUUAAAAGCCGGGGAGCGUUUUACCGCAGUAUCACUACAUUUCGGUACCUAAGACUAGUAGUCUGCAGCCGUUAGGGUAAUUUAAAACAGGGAUAAAUACCUUUAGAAAGUAGCACGGUAUAUCAACAGUUUGUUCCCAGAAAAAAAUCUGUCUAGCGGUUUAUAAAUCAUUAUUCUAAAACAUCAAGUUUUUACUAACUGCCGAUUUAUCCGCAGGAAAUUCACCCGUUUUUUUUUUAACGGCGGCAUUUGUUGUUGCUGCACAUAAAAACACUGCUAUCAUUUAUCAAUAAUUUUAUUAAUCCUAUUUUGGGGGCGCGGUAGCAUAAGGCGUAAGGCGACCGAAAAUGGCAAAAGAGGGUGAAAAGAAAACGUGCGGCCAGGUUUUAGACGAGUGGAAGGAAUUCUUCUGGAAUCCGAGGACACACCAGUUUCUGGGCAGGACGGCGAGCAGCUGGGGUCUAAUCCUGUUCUUCUAUCUGAUCUUCUACAUCUUUCUGGCGGGUAUGUUUGUCCUCACCAUGUAUGUGAUGCUCCUGACCCUGGACGAGUACAAGCCGACCUAUCAGGACCGGCUGGCCACCCCCGGCAUGAUGAUCCGGCCAAAAGGCAAAUCAUUGGAAAUCAUCUACAACUUGGACAACACUGAGACCUGGGAUGCUUAUGUACAGACUCUGGACAACUUUCUGGCCCCCUACAACAACUCGGUGCAGGUGAUGAACAAUGACGCCUGCCUCCCGGACCAGUACUUCAUCCAAGAGGACAGUGGCGAUGUCCUCAACAACCCCAAACGCGCCUGCCAGUUCAACCGCACCAUGCUCCUCAACUGCUCCGGCAUCGAGGACCGUUACUAUGGUUACCUGGAUGCCAAGCCCUGCAUCCUCAUUAAGCUUAACCGGGUCAUCGGGCUGUUGCCAGGGAGGGACGGCAUUUCUCCGUAUGUCAGCUGUGGGGCCAAGAAAGAAGACGUUGAUAACAUAGGUGAGCUGGAAUACUAUCCACCCAACGGGACCUUUAACCUCAUGUACUUUCCCUACUAUGGCAAGAAGGCCCAGGUGAAUUACUCCCAGCCCCUGGUAGCCGUGAAGUUCCUCAACAUCUCGCUGAAUACAGACGUCAACGUCGAGUGCAGGAUCAACUCCAACACCAUCAGUCCCCAGAGCGACAGGGACAAGUUCGCCGGACGCGUCUCCUUCAAGCUGCGGAUCAACAAAUAGGCCGUGUUCGCCUAUACAGCAUGCACAUUCUCAUACCCAUUCUCAUGACUUCCACCCCCAUCACCAUCCUGCACCUCAUAUUCACCAACCCCCACGUUUGGUGGCUCCUUGUAACUGUAAUCAUCACGUUAGCAUUAGCCCCACAUUGCUUGGUCUGUCACCAAAUUUGAUUCCGCUUCUGCAACUGGCAAGCAUUAGGAACUGUCAAGUCGUACCAUCUCCCACACUAUACCAUCUAAACUAGUUCCUCCAGUCUAUAAGCCCCCCUCCCAAUCCCAUGAUCCCAUUACCAGUGGAAUUGUACCUGGUGACUGACACUAAACCAAUGCAUUGGAGCCAAAUAAUACAGCAAUCAUGUAUGAAGAAUCCCUUUAUUUAUGUUAUGUGAUGCAUAUCCCCCCCCGCCCCCACACACACACACACACUUACGAUGCACACUGUGGCACACACAAGGCCCCAUGUGCAUCUGUAUAUUGUACAUGUACUGAUCAGCCUGUUUUGGUGUCCUUAUAACCCGAAGCUCAGCUGACUGAAGCUGUGCAGUUGUGUAUAUCAUAAAUAGCAUGGCUUUAACCACACGCUCUGCUCUGUCUCCACUCUCCUGAGGCAGGUUCCCCUUCACCCCUGGCCACUACAUCCAGGACACCUGCUUCCAGGUGGUCAGUAGACUUGAGUUCCCUCACUUAUUCCCACUGAGCACAUGGGCCCUCCUAACUUAGCAUCAGUUGGAGGGGGGGAUGGAGACUCUGGCAACCUGGUUUGUCCACUUGAGAAGCAAACUACGUAGGCUGGAGAUCCAUGUCCGCAAGAUUAUCACUGCAACUACUGGCCACUCCAGCUUUCAGUCAUGGCUCCAAGAGGCAAACCCUGUUGAAAUUGAGCAGCUUGACACUCCACCCCCUUUUUAAGGGCGCUAACAUUCAGAAAUCCUUCCCCUUGGUAAACUUACAGACGUAUUUUCAUGUGUGCAUACAAGCCCAGUGAUGAGAGGGAUUCACAGGCAUCCAUGGAUCUAGCUGUCAAUGAGAAAAUGUCUACCUGGGCUUAGUAUGUGUGAUACCAUCCCUGUCUAUUUCAUGCAUAUUGUGGAUAAACUAGAAGUAGAUGUCUUUAUAUGUAUGUAUUGAUUUGCACUGGAUUUUCACCUGUUGCUUAAUAUGCAAUCAUUACUUGAGUCAUGUUUGAGCACUGCCUGCCCAGAUGUUCCGAAUGACUUGGUCCCUUAAGUGUCCACUUCCACUCUAACCCAAAGGUAACUCUUCAUAUCACAGACCGUAACGGUCGCCGUGGCAACCCUUGAGUUAAGGAUCAGUGGCUGUCAGACCUCUAUGUGGGGAAUGUUAUAGCGCUGCGUUGGGGCAGAGCAGCCACUGAGUUCUGCCACAGACAGUGCUUCUUGGCACCAUGUCCCCCCCUUCCCAAAUAACAGGAAACAUUUUUAUGGUAGUGGUAAGGUUGGAAAUUUAUGGCGGGUUUCACCGGUUAAUGUGGAUGCUUACAAGCAGGUGGAAAGAGAACCUAACCAGUAGCUACAUCUACUGCACACUAGGAGCUCCCAGUUUAAGAGUAGGCUGGCACUGGAUGGAACCAUCUUCCAGCAUCUGGGGGGGGUGACGUGACUCCCACACCAGUUCCACCCCUGUUUCUGUCCUACAUUAGUAUCUUCUGGUUUGUCCCUUAUCUCCUUCCUUUGGGCUUUGUCUGUUUUUUUUUAGCAUCUCUAAGUGCCCCCACCCCCGUAAUUUACAUCGGCAGUGCCGUCUGUGUCCCCCUUCAUCUUCUUGGCUCACCCAGUCGACGCAGGGGGAAACCUUGGCAUUUCUCCAGGAGUGACGCUCGGUAUAGCCCGGUCUCCUUAUCCACCUGCUUUUUCUAGAGCCUUCUUUACCAUCUUGUGUUCCAUCCAGCAGUCCCCCUCCCAGCCCCUUUGAACACAAUUCGAUGUUUCUUCAAAUUCUUGUCUCCAAAGGCCAAAGGACUCAGUGCAGUCCUCGUAGGGUCCUUAAGCAUAGCUGUACAUCUUAGUCGGUCAGUUUCUUCCUUGACCGCAUGGGGGAAAUUACCGGAUAUCAUGUUAAAAUUAGUUAUUUUACAGCCUGAAGCACACAGUGUGGUAGUAGAAAGACCAUUGAUCUGUAAAGGACAAGAGGUCUUUUUAAACCGUGGAGGGUUUUAAGAGAACUAGCCCUCCGUGUUUUAUUGAUGCUUGGGGCCAAUAAAUAUAUGAAUAUAAUCUGUUAUAUUCAUCUGUUUAUUAAUGACUAGCUUUUGCACGCUUUUAAUGCGUUUAGCAACUUUAAUUUCGUUCGUGUUUAUGUUGUACUUGUAGUUGUCACCCUCAGUUUGAGUUUUAGGUUCAUUCGUGUUCAUUUCCUGCUCUACCGUUAUUUGCGCUACGGCUUUGAAUGAGAACUUGUCCUGCGAUUGUCUUUGGAUUGAACAAGUGCGGUUUCUAACCCCCAUUCUAGGGGUUAGAAAGGAACACUAAGCAUGUGACCGAACCGAGCUUCCCAUUGCGUCCGUCGGUUGUUAGAUUUGUUGUGGGUGUUGAUCCGGCUGUGCGGAGAGACGCGUACAUGUCUGUCGCUCUCCGGACGUGGCUGAUUAUGCUGAGGUUUAACGGCAACCUCCGUAUAAAUUAUUUAUUGAAGUGUGAUUCACCUGUCUAAUCACCUCAGACUUUUGAAGCAAUAUAGAUACACACAUAUAUACAUAUAGAGUUAUCUAGAUUAUAUACUUAUAUUUCUGCUGUGGUUGUGCUUACAUAUUUUAUCCCUUUCUCAGUUGUUUCUAAUGAUACAAGAGUAAUAAGCGAGAAAAAUAAUCGAUAAAUUUAAAAUGUAUAUCUGUAUAGUCUUAAAGUUUUGCCCAUGCACAUAGUAUUAUUUUAAUUUUGAAAACUGGUUUCCCGCAUUUUGUUGGUGUUGGAAAGACGAAAGCGGGGUUUAAUUGUAAUAAUUGUUUGAUUUUUAAUUAGGUGCCAGGUUAAUAAUGAACGAUUUGCGGGGAUGUAUUGGUCUGUAUUUUUUUUAAGAUUGCGGUAUGUUGAAGAAGGCGCAUUUUAUUCUGUGCUGUGCCCAAUUGUGUAUGUUGUACACAUGUUUCCGGGUUUCUGGACACAUUUCUCAUUCAUUCCCGUCAAUGAUAAAAAAGCUGAAUUAUUGCAAAGUUUGCUUACGUAGGCUGUUCAAGUUUCGACUGCGUGACACUGCCGUGAAAAUCGAUCAUGAACAUUUUGACGGAAAUGUUGCGAUGAUAUAACAUUUUGACUUACAGUCCUCUCAAUGAUGUUUACUUGAAAAAUGUUUACAUUAAAUGCUGACGAAACAUUUCCAACAUGAAGAUGCUAACAAACAUUCCUCUGUAUUAAUCUUAGCGCAAUUAUUUGUGGCGUGUUUACAGCGCAGAAAUGAAUGAGGAAGUGUAACAAAGACUUGUUCAUGAAAAUGCGAUUUUAAUUACAUGUCAGGAUGUUCAUUUAUAUUUUAAAAUAUUUUAGGCAUAUUUAAUUUUUAUUACCAAUGAUACAAUUGACGUAGUAUCACAUCUUUUAUUUUGUGUACACAGGAGAAUAUUACAGGCCAAUAAAUGUAUUCAUUUUGUAAGUGAAGGCCCGCUUAUGAUGUUAUGUAUGUUAACACAGCUUUGUAAACAUGAAGACGAGGCGUACCAAUUAAUUACUAGGCCUACUAACUGCUGCAUUGUUUAAGCUGUGCCGCCGUAAUGUUCAUAUUGAGUAUUUUUUUUAUGGCCUUGAUUUCUUUAAGUUAUUGCAAACGAACAUCCUGAACCACGACUCCCUCCUACAGCCGUGUUUGUGCCACAUUUUGUGUGCAAUUAUCAUCUCCAGGCAAUUCAUUUAAAAAACAUUUUGUUUCAAGCUCAUACUUUUCAAAUGAACCACUUCAGGUCACUGCUGAGUUUCCAUGCUGUCGUUUUUCUUUCCUUGGUCUCACUGUCAUCCUGCCCUUGUUUCUAAUUUUUCAAACAAAAGUGAAGGUGUAAAAUACGCGAUGUAAUUAUUAAGAUAAACUGAUAUUUAUUGCCUGAUACAUAAAGCGUGGAACGUGGAAAUAGAGACAAAUAUAGACGAUAACUGUAAAUGAAAUAUGGAACAUAAGGAAUAAAGAUUUUGUGUUUGAAAAUUU